GUGUCUUGCGAUUUGAUCUAUGACCGUGGCGAUUUGUGUGCAUUACUUUUGUACAACCCACAGUGUAUAUAAAUACAACUUUUGUGUGCUUGUAGAGUAGAAUUGGUUAUCGAAAGGAAUCUUGGCAUUGGUAAGAAGAGAUAAUAAUUUUACGCUGAUAUUGGUGUCUGCAGCGUGAACAUUUAAUUGUCGAAGUAACAACAAUCCAGGGAAGCCAUGAGCCGCAAGCGGUUUAUUGACAAGGACAAGUCGGUGACAUUCCAACUGGUGCACCGCUCCCAAAGGGAUCCUCUGGUUGCCGACCCUUCUGCGCCACAGCGAGUUCUCCUUGAAGUUGAGGACCCCAAAGCCGAUGCUAAGCUUUCACAGCGAGAACAGCAGAUGAAGUAUGGCAUAUACUUUGAUGACGACUACAACUAUCUCCAACAUAUCAAACCAUCCAGAAAGCAGGAUGUCGUUUGGCUCGAAUCCGCGUCCGCUGCAAAGAGGAAAAAGAAGAGGCACGCUGCGUCGCUACCUCAGGAGGAGGGAGCCGAUGCUGAUGCCGAUGCUGAUGUCGCCGCCGCCGCCGCCCCAGGGCCGUCGCUGCAGCUGCCCUCGUCUGUGUUCGCCUCGCACGUGGAGGAAGAUGUCGGUCUGUUGAACAGGGCGGCGCCGGACUAUGGCCCUCCCGCCGAGAUCGAGUCCGAACUGGCCGAGGUAAUGGACGACGACUUCACCCCGGGACCUGAAGAUGAGCUGGAAGACAACUUCUUCGAGCUGGCAGGAGGACUUGCCUCGGACAAUGAGAGCGAAGAUGAAAUCGAAUUUGAAGUGUCUGACGAUGAGCAGUUGGACUCUGAUGAUGACUUUGACGAGGAAGCGAUGCUUCGUUUGAUGAAGAAGCCUCAGGCUAGGUCGCAGUUCACUGAGUACUCCACGACCAGUCAGGGCGUUCUCAGCACCGUCGCCAUGGAGGCUCUCAACGAGAGGUUCGAGAACUUCAUGGGCCAGUAUGAAGAUCUAGAGGUUGGUGGCCUCGAAACAGAAGAGAUCGCUGGUGCUCUGGAUCCGAACUCGGAUCGUCUUCUUGCACUCGCUGAUGAAUUUCAAAAAGCAAAGGAGAAGCCGACUAUCGAAAAAGAUAUCGAUCUUCGCGAUUACGAAGAAGACGAGGAAAAAGAUGAUAUGGUGUCUAUCACUGUGUAUGAAAAUGCCAAAGAAGACCGGAUGGACUGUGAGAGCAUCCUGUCUACCUAUUCUAACACGAGAAAUAGACCCAAGCUCAUUGAUGCACCCAAUAACUCGAAGAUAUUGAUCGACAAAAAGGGCAUGGCCAAAGACGACAAGCCUAAGCUGACCAAGAAGGCGCUGGCGCAGCUGGACGCCGGGGCCAGCGAUGGUUCGGACGACUCGGACAUGGGCUCCGAGUCGUCGUUCGGCAACGAGACGCUGGCUAGCCGUAUAUCGAUGCUGUCAGUUCGCCACGACGGGGAAACGCCGGAGGAAAGGAAGGCCAGGAAGCACGAGCUGAAGGCGCUCCGCAGAGAGCGCAUCCAGGAGAGAAAAGCUAACCAGCAGCUGACGAAGAUUUUGUCGCAGAGGCAGAGUCAGAGCCAGACAGACAAGCUGAAGGCAAAACAGGCUAUUCGGUAUCAGUGAGACCAUGGAGAGUUUCGUCAUUGCAAAAGUUGUGGACUGGUGGUGCAUUUUAAGUGUGGUUCUCCUAAAUGUGUGUAGUCUUAUUCUUCUGGGUAGUAUGUGCAUUGUGCAGGUUGUGGCAUCGUGAACUGCCUGUGUCUUGAUAAACCCUGGGGUCUCGCAAGUGUUUCAGACAUUCAAUGAGCGUUAUUGUGAUCGAGUGACAUUUGAUGAUGUGAGAGUAUGAAAGGUGUUUAUACCGUCAGCCCAACAAUGUAGGAGAAUGCAGGCGUAUACGAGUGCUACUGAAGAUUGCGCUGUAUGCAUAUUUUGCUUGCAUGUGUCAGCCGUCGCUCGUGUACGAAAUUUCGAAAGUUUGUAUGUUGUUGUAUGUGUGUGUUGUUGUGUGUUGUGUGUAUGUUGUGUGUGUGUGCCUAUAUGAUAAUCUACACUGAUACAUAGAAGUCAGUGACUGAUACAUAUAAAAAUUUUCACUUUU